UAGUGCAGGAAGAGAAAACAAGCCUAAGGACAGUGAUAUUCAUGUGAUAUUCUAUAUCUAUCUUUAUUGGUUACCGGAUGUUAAACAAAGAAAUAAGACUGAAUGUUGCCAACGCCGCGUAGCGGUUUAGACAUUGAACUUGACUGAACUUGAAGUGACUUGAACUCGCGUGAUAUACAACAGUACUAUUCAAUACUAUUUGUGUUGAUUUCAGGGAUGUGAUAGCAGAUGUGAGGAUUCAAUUAUUUAGAAAUGGAUGAACUUGAGCAACAGUGCGAAGACGUGAUGUUCGAGGUGUGUGAUGCUCGAGAGAGAUAUCCACAGCAGUGUGCAAAGGAGCUUGAAAAAUGCAUCAGACUUACCAAUGAGAUACAUACAACAAAGGUUCUUGCCAAGUCGGCAAAAAUUCUGGACGUGCCAUCUUUCACAAGCGAACACUCAGAUGCUCUUCAAAAGAAUUUCUCAGAGACUACUGAGUUGUUGAAGACGCAGGAACGUAAACUGCAAGUGAUGAUAGACAAAAUUGAUAACUUAACGGCCACUCUGCAUCAGAUUAAGCGGGACAAGUUGUGUGAAGUAAAUAAAUUGCUGUGGUACUAGAUGCACUUCUUUCUCAAAAUGUAAUAUCUAUUUUCAAUAUAAUAUCAUCUCUCACAUUAUAAAUUACUGUAUAUAUUGUAUAUUAGUUAUAUAAACAUAUAUGAAUAAAAAAUUACUUUAAAUCACAA